AGGCAUAGGGAAGGGAGAUAGUGCUAGCUCUAAUGGUGUUCCUCGUAUUCAUUUGAAAAAUGAUUUUCAACUAUACUGAUCUGAUUUCUAUGGGUCUUAUCAAAAUAAUUCAACCUAUGAUACAAUAAAUUAUCCAAAACCUAAAAAUCAAAUCAAGACUCGACUUAGUCGUCACCCAUCCAAAUAUACUUGAGUAAAUGUGAAUAUAUAUGUAUAUAUUUAGUUAGUUUGAAAAAUGUCCACAAGUCUUAUAUAUUUUAUUUGAUUUGAAUCGUCACUCUUAUUCUAUAUAUCUUGUCAACUUGUGUGUUCACUUCAUUCAUCGGCAUUAAAGCUGCCCUCUACUCUUCUUCCUCAUUAGCUUGGUGAUCUUCCUCUAUACAAUCUAUCUAUCUAUCUAUCUAUCUAUCUAUCUAUAGUUCUCCUCUGUCUCUCAACUUGUAUCAUCUCUUUCAAUGGCAUUAAAAGAAGUUAACGAGCCCUCUGCUUCCUUAACUAGGUGGUGGUCGGAAAACACCGUAGCGGUUGUGACCGGAGGAAAUAGAGGGAUCGGAUUCUCUCUAGUUAAGAAACUCGCCGAGCUUGGAUUAACUGUAGUCCUAACUUGUAGAGAUGAUUCUAAAGGUCAAGAAGCAAUUGAAUCACUCAAAUCUCAAGGACUCAAUAAUGUUCGAUUCUUCCGAUUAGAUGUUAUGGACACUGCUUGCAUCAAUGAACUGGUUUCAUGGUUGAAAGAAGCAUUUGGAGGUCUUGAUAUACUUGUGAAUAAUGCUGCUGUAUCGUUCAACGAGAUCAACGAGAACUCGAUGCAACACGCCGAAACCACCAUCAAGACAAACUACUAUGGACCGAAGUUGUUAACCGAAGCUCUGCUACCACUGUUCCGCCGUUCCGAAUCCGUAAGCAGGAUUUUGAAUGUUAGCUCGCGUCUUGGCUUGUUGAACAAGGUGAGUAAUCCUGUUGUAAGGGAGUUAUUAGAAGACGAAGACAGAUUAUGCGAAGAACGUAUAGAUUUUGUUGUAAAUCGAUUUCUUGAAGAUGUUACUACUGGUACUUGGGAAAGAGAAGGAUGGCCAAAGGUAUGGACAGAUUACGCAGUCUCGAAAGUAGGAUUGAAUGCGUACUCUCGAGUUUUAGCUAAGCGUUAUGAUGGGUUGGGAUUAUCUGUCAAUUGUUUAUGCCCCGGGUUUACACAGACAGACAUGACCGCCGGAAAAGGAAAUCACUCGGCGGAUUCAGCUGCGGAAAUGGCUGCACAAAUUGUCUUACUACCACCUGAGAAACUUCCCACUGGCAAGUUUUAUAUAAAAAACAAACCAUUCUUGUACUCGAAGAUAUAAAAGAUUAAGUGGUUAUUAAGUUACUAAUUAAGGUAUUAAGGUCGAUUGAAAGGAAGCCUUCUAUAUGCUGAUUAAAAUGUAUUGCGUCUAUUAAUGACUAGUGAUUUUGGAAAAUUCUAUCUAAUCAAUUAAGUUGA